CCAUCUUCAUUGCCUUGUUUAAAAACCGAGACGAUCAAUCGACUUCAAAAGCCGGCAGAUGGUGUAUUUUCUUCCCCCGCUGAAAUCCAUUUCACUACUUAGUCUAAGGAACACACAAGAAGAAGAGCCUCCGGAUCCCCAGUUGAUGAGGCUAGACAAUAUGUUAAUAGCUGAAGGGGUGGCGGGGCCGGAAAAGGGCGGCGGCGUGAGUGCGGCUGCAGCGGCUAGCGCAGCAGCAGCAUCCGGCCAGGUACAGGACAACGCGAUAGAACACUCCGACUACCGGGCCAAACUCGCCCAAAUCAGGCAAAUCUACCACCAAGAAUUAGAAAAAUAUGAACAGGCGUGUAACGAGUUCACGACGCACGUAAUGAACCUCCUGAGGGAACAGUCUAGGACGAGGCCCAUCACGCCGAAAGAAAUCGAAAGAAUGGUUCAAAUAAUACAUAAAAAGUUCUCUUCGAUACAAAUGCAACUGAAACAGAGUACCUGCGAGGCCGUCAUGAUUCUGAGGUCGAGGUUUCUCGACGCGAGAAGAAAACGACGUAACUUCAGUAAACAGGCAUCUGAAAUCCUCAACGAGUACUUUUACUCACACCUUAGUAACCCCUACCCCUCGGAAGAAGCGAAAGAAGAGCUUGCGAGGAAAUGUACUAUUACUGUCUCCCAAGUAUCUAAUUGGUUUGGAAACAAAAGGAUUAGGUAUAAGAAAAAUAUUGGGAAAGCACAAGAGGAGGCGAACCUAUAUGCUGCUAAAAAGGCGGCAGGUUCAGUUACCAAAUCAGACUGGCUGUCUAGAAGUUCUGAGAGCCUGCAAGCAUCCCAAACAAGAUCGGGAGCGUCACCGUACAGUAUGGGCCCUGGUUCGCAGGGCACCGCCACCCCCAUGAUGUCUCCAGCACCGCCUGGUGCGCCCCAAGACUCGAUGGGCUAUUCAAUAGGAAUAAACGGUGGUGAUUACAGUUCGCCAAUGUCCUCCGCCCAGACGCCAUACUCGGAUGGGAGCCUGGGCUAUGAAGGGAUGCAUCAGGGGAGUGGUAAGACAUCAGGGUCACCUCCGAUUCGUGGGGAGGGUUGGAACCCACCGAGGGAGCAGAUCCCAGACUUCCAGCCACUACACCCAGAGGACAGUGGCGAUAGCAGUGAUAUAGACAUCAAACGCCCGAAGCUCUAGACACAUCCCUCUUUCCGCGUCAAGCUGGUCCCUGUAUCACAUCACUCCCCCCUUUGUUUGGUUCUCAUUGCGUUGUCGCGCAUUAACGUUAUUGAAACAGGUGCCAGCGGUUAUGCGACCUUAAAUGCACAGUGGUACAGCUUACGACAAUUGUGAUAGAGCAAUCUAAUUUUUAAUGUUUAGUCUAUAAGUGUUUUCUUUUUUCUUUUAGUUUCUCUCUUGGACUUUCACAUUUCCGCAUUGUGUUCAUUAAAUUUUUAUAUUUAAUUAAGGGAGAAUCUUUUUUUUUCUGUUAUACUUUUUCUUUCAUUUUUUGUGUAUAAUUUUGUCAAUUUUUAUGUUGAGAUUUUUUUAAAAGAAAAAGCUGUACCUCUGUGCAAAUGUUUGUAUAAUAAAAUUGCAAAAUAAUUAUUAUUGGGGUUUAAUGUGUAAAAUUGUAAUUGACGAUUGUAGAUGAUUUGUUUAUACAACUUUGGUGGAGGUUAGUUAGUUUUCUUUGUUGAUUUUUUUUUCUUUUGGACCGGCACCUGAUGUUGGUCGUGGCCAGUCUUUGUAUUUUUAUUUUUUCUUCCUCGCGCCUUUUUGUGUUGCUUAUUUUUUGCGUCUUAUUCAUCAAUAGACUUUUUUAACUUCUCGAAAUAUCCACAAAAUACUGUUUUAUGCUUCAAUUCUUUGUCCUAGUUCAACCCAACAGCUGAUUGAAAGAGUUAACAUUAGCAAAAACCCAUGAUGAAGACUGAUAACUUGUAACGAUUGGUAAAUAAAAGCAUUAAAAAACUGUCAGAAUCGAUGGCGCAUUGUCAAUUAACGUAAAAGACAUUCCCAUAAAAAUAAAAAAUAACAAUAAAAAUGCCUAAACAGUUCAGUUUAAUUUAUCCAUAAUUUUUCAUAUUCAGUGUUCAAAGAUUGUGCAUAAAACAUGUUUUCCCCCAACAAAAUUCGGAUUUCGAAAUUUUCCAAUUUAAAAAUAAGCAAUGAACUAAAACUUGUCGACGAGGCCUUCGAGAAAUUUUAAACAAAUUUAUAUUUGUACUACUUAAAAUACUUCGUAUACGAAGCAGAAGCCUGGAUAGCAAAGGUUUCGAACAAAUGACCACAAGUCGCUUAUGUUUCUAAAAAAAAAAUAUAUAUAUAUAUCAUGUGUUUCGAUGUAUGUAUAAUUGUUUAAGCUCUCUGUACAUAAAUCAUAAAACUAAGAUAAGUUAUGUAGUAUAAUGAAACACUAUACAUUUUUUUUUCAUUUUAUAUGAAAGGGUUUUUUUUAAGGUAAAUUAUUUCUCAAGGAUCGGACUUUUUUAACAAAUGAUAACAAUUAUAAUUUUUUUUGCUUUUUAUUUACUUUUUUUGGUCUGCGCACAGGUAUUUGUUUAUAAAUUGGUAAAGUCAUAGAGAAAAAAUUUAAACCUUCAAUUUCUGUUAUUUUAUGAUUUUUUUUUUUUUUAAUUUUGAGUACGUUUCAAAUGAAAAGGAAAAACAGUAAUAAUUACUUAUAAUUUACAAAUUUACCUCCACCAAAGGCCCUUUUCUUAUUUGGGCCGAAAAUUAAUUUUAAAAUUAAGGGAGAAAUACAAAAAAAUACAAAAAAACUAUGCGGUUGUUCCUAAAAAGAACAAUACGCGGUGAUUAAAAUGGUAUACCAGGAUUCUUCUAUGAUCCGACACAAUAUAUGUAUACGAUUUUCUAAAUAAAAAAAAAUAUUAAACAAAAAAAAAAGAUAAAAACUAAAACAAAAAUGUAAUACAUGUAAUAAUAUUGUUAUUCUAAUACGUAUAUAAAGUAGUGUAAUUUGAAGAUUUUUUAGCAUAUAUACCUAGGCAAAACAGAGUUUGUGUGAUUACUAACAAUUAGUUAAUAUAUGUGUAAUGUGUUUGGCCAGUAUGGAAUAUUGUGUGGGACAUGGAAUUCCAUUUGAAAAUUCAAGCAUUUCCAUUAAUUAUUUAAAAAAAUAUAUUUAUAUAGAUAUUGAAAUAAUUUAACUAUUAUAAAUUUUAACAAGUCAAAUGAAGUACCUCUUUUUUUAUACAAAGUACAAUAACAAAUUAAAAAAUGUAAAAUUUAUAUUAAAAAAAAAUGGUUAUGCUUAAAUUUUACUUUUGGCAGACUAUGUUGGUAAAAGGGGGGGUGAAAAAAAAAACAUGUGUAUAUUACAUAAUUACAAUGAAAUCGGGACCCCGACCCCAGACCCGGUGACGACUCUCUUGCACUCCUGGCGCUGGUACUCAGUGCGACCCCAUCACCAAACACUCGAUUUUGAGUAUCCCAGUAACAUACGCGCAAAUAACACAGAUACAAGAUGAAAUCUGAACAACUGAACACUGCCCCCGGCACACUCGAUAUUCCUGUGGAGCCUGUGCUUCAUUCACGCUUUAUUCAUUUAUUCAGUUAAUCAGUCACGCUAA